AUGGCAAAACAACUAACAGGGAUGCAGCAUACACCCAAAGCGAUGCCUGCAAGAGCAAUUGAAGCUGCAGAGGACGUCAAAUGCGCCUCCACGCGUGGGCGAGUGGAACGGCGACAAGAGCUUGUACCGGCACUGAUGGGAUCAGCAACUGCUACUGUUGUUGAGAUUCUUGCCAUACUUAUUCUACUUCAAAGCGUUCUGUUCUGCUGCAAUAGAGCAAAUGUCAAUGGAAGCUGUAUCAAGAUUGAAAGAGAAGCUCUUAUCAAGAUCAAGGCAAGCCAUGGCAUCAACAGUUCAUACUCGUUGCUUUCAUGGGUCGGAGAUAACUGCUGCAGAUGGGAAGGAGUCACUUGCGAUAACAUACUGGAUCUUUAUCUCAAUCAGGAUCGUAAAUUGACAAUCGACAGCCUCCAUUUUCCACCUUCUUUGAAAUACUUAAAAAUGGAGGGUGUGCUUCUGGACAAGUGUGACAAUUGCUUGCAGUCAAUAAACAUGCUUCCUGCUCUACUAGAAUUAUCUAUGUCUAAUUGUGAGCUUUCCCUCACUGGUCAUGUUUCACAUGUCAAUCUUACAUCUCUUCAGGUUCUCGAUCUUAGCUAUAACAACUUCAAUUCCACAAUCCCCAGCUGGUUAUUUAAUAUUAGCAACCUUCAACAUCUUGAUCUGAGUUAUAAUGCUUUCCAAGGCUCUCUUUCAACUGAGAUCGGUAAUCUUAAUUCUCUUGCUUUCCUUGAUCUGUCUUAUAAUUCUUUGGAAGGUAACAUACCCAAAACGUUGAACAAGCUUUGCAAUUUGAGUGAGCUACUCUUGGAAUCCAACAAGUUCAGCGCAAGCAUAUUGGAUAUCUCCAACAACUUGCUCCAUGGCCAGAUUCCUCGGAAGAUCAGCAAAACGAUGCCAAAUUUGGAAUUGUUAUUCCUCUCCAACAACUAUCUGAACGGUACCAUUCCAGCUUCUUUAUGCAGUCUUGGACGCUUAGAAAUUCUUCAUCUUUCGACAAAUCAUCUAUCAGGACGAAUACCUUCAUGUUGGGGAAAUUUGACAUAUUUAAGAGUGAUUGAUCUGUCAAAUAAUAUGCUGAGGGGCCGUGUUCCAAUGUCCUUGGCCGCACAAUCUCUUGUUUCCCUGCAUCUGCAAAACAAUAAUCUGCAAGGAAAGAUCCUAAUGUCAUUAAGACAUCUAGAAUCCUUGGAGACUCUUGAUCUUAGCAUGAAUGCUUUUGAUGGUUUUAUUCCUUCGUGGAUAGGUGAAAACCUAUCAAAAUACUCGGUCUUCACUCCAAUAAAUUUGAAGGUGAGAUUCCUCUGCAGCUUUGCUUUCUUGCUUCUCUUCACAUAUUGA